ACAAUGCGCGCGCUGACUGUCGCGCUCGGCGCCGCGUCUUCGUCGCAGUCGGAUGCAUUGGCCGAGCCACCGCCAUUGCAGCUCGCGGUGGCCGACUCGCGACCGCUCCCCACUCCGCUGCCACAUGAAGUCCUGCUCGAGGUCCGAGCAUCCGCAGUCCAUCUGCGUGACUUGCGCCUGUGUGCAGCAAGCGCGGCGGGAUCUGCUGCGGCGGGAUCAGCCAGCCGCUCAAUCUCAAGCUCGAGCGCAGCAGGACCAUCGCCAGCGCAACCCUCACAACAGCCUGUUGCCGCGGUGCCGGGCUGCGAGGUGAGCGGGAUUGUCGUCCGGCUGGGCGCGGCGGUCGUCGGGUCGCAGCUGCGCGUCGGCGAUGAGGUCGUCGGCCUGCUUGCUCCAGGCUCAGGCUCAGGCUCGGGCUCGGGCUCGGGCGGAGCACUCGCAGAAUAUGCGCUCGUCAGCGUGGCCAACAUUGUGCGCAAGCCGGCGGGCAUCCCGCACCACGUUGCUGCUGCAGCGCUCAAGCCAGGCGUCAUGGCGUUCACGGCGCUGCACUACAAGGCCCGGAUUGCCCCCGGCGAGAGUGUGCUCGUCCUCGGAGUGACAAAUCCGCAAACUGCUGCCCUUGCCACUGCUCAGUUGGCCCAGGCGUGGGGCGCUCGUGUGCUGGUUGCCGCUGCAAACGACGCCGAGGCACAGUGGAUUUCGACCAGUCUGCCCAAAGCUAUCGUGAUUCGCACCGCAAUAGGCACGGCGGGCGGCUCCAGUGCAACUGCUGGUCGCACAUAUCCAUUUUCAGCGGGUGCUGCGAGCUUGCUGGGCACGCCUCGCGUUUCGCCGCUGGUGAGUGCCGUCAUGCAAGAGACGUCCGGUUUCGGUGUGGAUGUGAUAAUCGACAGCGGUCUCGUGCGUCAAUACAACAAGGUCGAUCCGACACAAGUACUCUACAGCAAACACGAGCUGAUAUCGUGUCUUGCUGUCCAUGGCCGCUGGGUGACCAGCGUAUCACACUUGCAGCUCGAUCCGCCAGAGUCUCAACUACUAUUGCAAAAGUCUGCAUCGCUGUGCUUCUUAUUUGAGCACGCAUGGGUGCUGUCUGGCACUCACCAGGGACGGCUCUUGCACAUUCUCAAAGAAGUGAUGGAUAAGCUGGAAUCUAAAACCAUCGUGCCACGUAUCAGCCGGACGUUCCAGUCGUUGGAGCAAGUGCAGGAAUGGAUUACAGAGCAGCUUGCCGCACCAGCACCAGCACCCCUAUCAGCAACGACGCCAGUGUCCGCCGAAGCAUGGGGCCAGGCCGUGUAUGAUGUUGCAUCCGCAUAGCCCUGUUGUUAAUAGCAGUUUUUGCAGUACAUUGCGGAAGCGUUCGUGCAUUCAGUGUUGAGCUUGGG